UCUCUUCUCUCUCCUCUACUUUUCCCUUUCUCCUCUUCCAAAGAAUAGUAUGCUAACGUCUCUCUCGCUCUAUUUUCAUACUCUGAUCGAACUUUACAACUAUACCCAGAAAACGUCUUUCUCUCGUCUACGACUUGAUCUCUCUUUCUCUUCCCUUACGUAUUCAAGGAGAUAGAUAGAAAAAUUCGGUUUACAAAACAAAAAAGGUUCACUAUACUCCUCUGCAGACGUCUCUCUCUCUCUCUCUCUCAGUGUUCUUCAUCUAUGUGACUUGAAUAACAAGUGAACGAUGAGGCAGAAUCUGAAAAAAGUAGCACAGAUCAAAGUAGACGAAUCUAAAAAGCUGUUUCCUUAUGUCUUGGGGUGGAAAAGUUCUUGUGGGAAUUGCGCAAAGAGAUCAAAGCCUAAGCUUAUCUAUCUUCUUAUCUUCUCUCUUAUCUCAAGUUGCUUCGUCUUUGCCCCUCAGCUCCUUUAUUUCCCUUACCCCUCUGCUCUGUUUCUUAUCGAUUCUUCAAUUAAAGAGAUUGAUAAUCGGGUUUCCGAAAGCAAUAUAGAAUCACCUAAGACCUCGCAAAAUGACGAGAGCAUAUCUUGUGACAGAACCGGGUAUCGUACAGACAUCUGUUUCAUGAAAGGCGAUAUCAGAACACACUCUCCUUCCUCCAUCUUUCUCUACACCUCUAAUGAUCUCACCGAUCACGUCUUGCAAGAAACCAUCAAACCGUACACCAGAAAGUGGGAAACUAGUAUAAUGGACACCAUUGGUGAGCUGAAACUUAUGGAAAAAGAUGCUAAGCUUUCUGGUGACAAGCAUAAAUGCCAAGUAAUCCAUGAAGUACCAGCAGUGAUAUUCUCUACCGGAGGUUAUACCGGAAACCUCUAUCAUGAGUUCAACGACGGGCUUAUCCCAUUGUAUAUAACAUCUAAACGUUUCAACAAAAAGGUUGUCUUUGUGAUUGCUGACUAUCACAGGUGGUGGGAGAUGAAGUAUGGAGAUGUUCUCUCUCAGCUCUCUGAUUAUCCUCUUAUUGAUUUCAACAAAGACAAGAGAGCUCACUGCUUCAAGGAAGCCAUUGUUGGCCUCAGAAUCCAUGGUGACUUAACCGUCGAUCCUUCUCAGAUGCAAGAUGGCAACACAACCAUCAAUGAGUUCAGAAAUGUACUUGAUCGAGCCUAUAGACCUCGAAUCAACAGAUUGGACAGGCAAGAGGAGCAACGGUUCCACGCGAGAGUAGCAAAGAGAAGAAAGGCUCAGAGGCCAAAACUAGCAUUGUUUUCAAGAACCGGGUCUCGUGGUAUAACAAACGAGGCUCUGAUGGUGAAAAUGGCUCAGAGGAUCGGGUUUGAAGUCGAGGUUCUGAGACCUGACAGAACAACGGAAUUGGCAAAGAUUUACAGAGUGGUUAACUCAAGCAAUGUCAUGGUUGGGGUACAUGGAGCAGCCAUGACGCAUUUUCUAUUCAUGAAACCUGGAGGUGUCUUUAUUCAAAUCAUUCCACUGGGAACAGAUUGGGCAUCAGAAACAUAUUAUGGAGAACCGGCUAAGAAGCUCGGUCUAGACUACAUUGGUUAUAAGAUUCUUGCAAGAGAGAGCUCAUUGUAUGAAAAAUAUGAUAAAAAUGAUCGAAUUCUAAGAGACCCAAACAGCAUCACUCGCAAAGGAUGGCAAUUCACGAAGGGGAUAUACCUGAACGACCAGAAAGUGAGGUUAGAUCUCCAUAGAUUCAAGAAGGUUUUGGUUGAUGUGUAUGCAAAAUCGAUUAGCUGACCUGAAAUGGGUUUUAAUUUUUGUUGUUGUUGCUGUAUAGUCUGCACAAACUACAGAAAUUGCAGAGUUCUUUGUAAAGAUAUAAAUGAAACUAAAUGAACUCAAUGAUUCA